ACAGAUACCCCCAAAAAACUACUUAAGUAGUACUUAAAAGUAUUUUUACUUAAGUACUUUACACCACUGGCAAAGAUUGACCAAUCCAAAGCUAGAAUCAUGAAAAAGGGUUAACAACAAUGACACUGGAACUUGGAAGACCUGCAUGGUCUAUCUGGAGUCAUUUAAAUGAUAGUGUGUUUGAGUGAGUUGGACAGACAGCUCAAGGUGAAUACUUUCCAAGGCAGAGAAAAAGGGGCCCACUGACAUAGAAAUAGAAUGACUAGAACGGAUAAUCCCCUCAGACCACAGCAAUUUGACUGCACCCUCAUGGGUACACCCAAUAUGGCUCAUUGAAUGGGUCAUGUCUGUUCUAGUGAUUCUAUUUCUAUGGACACAACACUAUCCACUAUGCUCUGGCACCUGACCUUGUGACACUAGAGAGGCAUAUGAUUGUUAAAGAGGGCCAGGUGCCUGUGUCUUAAAUCACACUGCUGCUACAGAGGUAUGGUAUGUAUGAGACAGGCCAUUCUAUAAACAGAGGAAGAGAGACACAAGCAGAAAGACACAAGAGAAUGAGAGUAGCCUAUACUGAUUUAAGAUUCACUGACACAGGACUGAAAGUCUUUGGUUUAUUACAACUUCCCUUGGCUGCAUCGUUAGCCAAGCUCUUCGUCAUUGGUAUAACUGAUAAUCUCGCUUAGAAUAAGACCUUGGAGAUGAAGACCCAGGAUCAGGUGUGUGCUACUGUGCUUCAAAAGAGAGAAUUUGGUGGAAUCCAUCUUGGCUCUUUUUUUUGUAUUUCUGAAACUUUCUCUCCCCAGGAGAUGCUGUUGAAGCACCAGGAAUGUCUGAAGAGGCAAAGAGAAGCGGUGAAGUUCAGAAUUAAGAAACUAAGCGCAAAGCAAACUGAAAUCACUAAAAAGUCAUCAGCGAUGAGGGAGAGUAUAAGGAAGAAGUAUGAGGACAUCCAGAGGGUUCUGGAUGAGGACCUGAGGAUGACUCUAACCCAGCUAGAGAUGGAGGAGAGAGCUGCAGUCACAGCCCUGGAGGACCUGAUGGAGAAGAACUGUACCAUCAUUCAGGAGAUAGAGCAGGAUCUGGCCAGGCUCACUUCUGAGCUGGCCCAGAAGGACAUUCUACUGCCUUAUUCAAUGGACACUGAGAUAGUAGGCAGAGUGAUGGAUCUGCUGAGCAGGACAGACCCCAGCAAAGUGAACUUGGAUGAGCCUAAAGCUGACCAGAUCCUCAGCCUCACCAACAACAUGCUGCUACUCAUCCGCUCCCAGACCCCCAUCACCAAGAGACUCAUCAGGAGCUAUUCCACAGAGGUUUCCCUGGACCCAGAGACAGCGCACCCCAAGCUGAUCAUCUCCCCGCGCGGUGACAGUGUCACCUACACAGACACCUGGCAGGAACUACCAGAGCUCCCGGGCCGCUUUGACACCACCCUCAACGUGAUCAGCCUGCAGGGCUUCAGCUCCGGGCGUCACUACUGGGAGAUAGAUGUGGCUGGGAAGACUUACUGGGAGCUGGGCCUCACCUACCCCACCAUCUCCCGCAAGGGCCGCGCCGAGGACUGCUGGCUGGGCCGUGGCUCUGACUCCUGGGCUGUGGAGUUCUUUGAUGGGGAGUACACAGCCUGGCACGGUGGGGUGCCCCACCAGCUGCCUGUCACAAAGCACUUCAGCCAUAUUGGGGUCCUAUGUAGUUUCCCAGCGGGCCUGGUGUCUUUCCUGGGGGCGGACAACAUGACCCCUCUGUUCUCGUUCUGCGCAGGGGCGUUCAGGGACUGUCUCCACCUGGCGUUGUGCUCAGGUCACGACCACAAUGGUACAAACGCCAAACCCAUUGUGAUCUGUAACGCACCUCCACCUCCUAGUGUUUUCCAGAAUGCCCAGAAAUGCUGACUCUGCUCCUUAUGAUGCUCCUACUGACUCUAUUCUUAAAGAUUUUGUCAAAUUUCUCAUGUUGCUGCUCUUUUAUCUAUUCAAGUACUUAAAUAUGCAUUCUGUAAUCUAUUAAUGACUGUAUUUAAGGUGCUGUUUUGAAAUAUAACGGGAGGAUCAAGAUCGUUUUAAAUGUAUUGUGGUUCCAGUUUUAGAGACAUCCUUAACUUUCUAACAAAAGUAUUAGUGGUUUUAGCUAUAUAUUUUUUUGCUGCUCUGUAAACCACACAGGGCCACAGAAGGAAGAUGUUUGGCCUAAAAUGCACUUCAUGCCCCUGGAGAGUAGCCUACACAGCUAACAUGUGAUGUGAAUCCAAAGUCUACACUCAAACAAACAACAAUCUCUCUUUGUAAAUAGGAUCUCUGAGCCCCAAUGGUAAUAUCCAAUAGUAGAUGACUAGUCCUAUGUGCUAAUUAUAUUUUAACAAACAAUCUAGUUCAGUCGCGCCUGUAUUGAUGAAUCACUUACCAUUAG